GACUCUUUUCAUCAUUACCAUAUAUUGUUUUCUGGGCAACUGUAUUUUGUGGAGGCUGGCUUGCUGACUUUUUCCGGAACAGAAAAUUGAUGUCGACUACUAAUACCCGAAAAGUAUUUGACACUAUUGCAAAAUUAGUUCCUGCUUCUAUGUUGAUUGGUUUAGGUUAUGUCGACUGUUCCCAAACUGCCUUGGCCAUUGUAUUGGUUAUUCUUGCUGUAAGUUCGGCAGGAUUUCAGUACAGUGGAUGGGUUGUUAAUCAUAUUGAUAUAGCACCUAGCUAUGCAGGGAUCUUACUUGGAAUUUCGAAUUCACUGGCGUCUACAACUGGAAUUAUAUCACCAAUUAUAGUGGGUGCAAUUACAGAAAAGGCACAAACUCGAGCUGAGUGGCAGAUAGUUUUCUACAUUGCAGCUGGCAUUUAUCUAUUUGGUGCAAUAUUUUACAUUAUAUUUGCAAGUGGUGAUUUACAACCAUGGGCGCAGGAACCUGUUAAAAUAACAAUUCCACUAGAAGAGCAAAAGGCUGGUAAUCUUCGGAACGAUGGCGAUAAUAUGUGAUUUUUAAUGCAUUGUCAUUGAGUAAUUUGGCUGGAGGAAUAUAAAAAUCAGCGUUUUCUGUGAUGUCAUAUAUUUUGAUUCAAUGCCGAGUUAUAUAAUGACUUUGUUUCAUGAUUUUAUAAUAUGCUUUAAAGGUUUGAUGUCACAUAUUUGUGCUAUGCAGUUGUUGUUAGUCUUUCACGAUAACUUUGUAACCCAAUAUUUAUGAACGUACAAUAUAUGGUGCCUGUUGUAUAUGGUGAGUCAGAUUUGUUUGUUUAAUAUAUUGUUAUUAUAUUUCUGUUUUCUUUUAUUGAAUUGAUUGAUAAAAAAUGUAUAGCAGAAAUUCUUUGAAAAGUUUCUCGACUCUUUGAAUGGUAUAAAAACGCUUUUCCUAGAACUGUAGUAGUAGCUUGACAAACACAGCUAAAUUUUUGGCUCAUCAUUUGCAUUUAUCAUUAUUUCCAUUCGGGCAAUGCAAUUUUUUAAGUUUUUUUUUUUAAUAAUCUGCUAUUCCCAUGGAAACUUCAUUUUACUUUGAUCCAAUUUAUCAAAAUUGCCAAGUAACCCAACGUUGCUAUUGCACUACCAAAUCCAACUAGUUGCGCCCCCUGUUCACGCAGAAUGAUUUACGUCAAAAUGUAUCUUUGUACACUUCGGUCUUGUGUAUAUAUUCAUUUUGAUAUCUAUGAAUUUAAUGAAUAAUUGUCGAACUUAUAGAUGAUGGUAUCAAUCAGCAUAAAUACCUUUAUUGACAAUGCUACUACGACUCUUACAUAUAAAAAAAAAUCAGAACAGAAUAACAAAUGAUCCAGCAAUCAGGUACAUUUAUACAAACAAACAUUCAUGAUGAUUUUAGCUUUAUAGAAAUAGCAGAUGACAUUUUCUUUAAACAUCAUCGCUGAGACCUACAUAUUACCUAAAUCUAAAAUUAAAAUCAUUGUUUUGAAUGGCUAUUAAUUAAUAUUGUU